CAGCCCGCUUGUCUGUGUCUGGAUCCCACUCUCGCACAGAGCUGCUAAAGACCCUCCUACUGGCUGGGCUGGAGAAGGAGGAGGAAGUCUGCUCUGCUCGCAGCCUCGGACGAGCCCCCUUUACCGCCCUGUCAGUGUGGAGGAGAGAGAGAGAGAGAGAGACACUGAGUGAUAGAGAAAGCGCACACGAGAGUAAAAGAGAGAGAGAGAGAGAAACUGUGUGACAGAGGGAAAGAGAACGAGGCAGGCUGCUUAGAGGUGUGAGAGAGCCAAGGACGAAAUAAGGAACACAUUUUACAAGUGCAGGAAGAGGGAGGAUCGCAGACGAGGGACUCGUUCUCUACUGGGCACCUGGGACACAGUCACUGUGUUUUUUUUCCCCCCACUCGUCUUUUAUCUUGAACCCGGUGGAUUGACUUAGCAACGGGUGGAUUUUUUUAAUACACCCUUGUGUCACAUUAUUUAGAAACUGGGGUAAUUUCUCUGUGUUAUCUGCCCUCCUGCUGGCUCGACCGCCACAGACUGAGAUUGCUUUCCGUGUCUGUGCUCGUGUGUUGUGAUUCUUCCCCGUGCACAAAGUGCAUCUGUCGGCAACCGGUGCUGAGGAUAUCUACCCUCUGUCAAACAGGACAGCACGCAGCCACCGUCGGAUCAGACUACAGAGGAGAGAGAAAGAGAGAGAGAGAGAGAGAGAGAGGGUGUGUGUAUGUAAGAGAGGGACAGAGAGGGGCAGUGAGAGAGAGGGGCAGUGAGAGAGAGAGUCAGAUUCACAGUGUGUCUGAGAGAGAGGCAGAUUAAAGCCCACGCGAAAGACUGGACUGAAACAGCUCAAAUAGAGAAGUGAACCUAUACGUCCUCUCCCGUUUUCCUUGCCAUCCCUUUCCUCCUCCUGUCCUCCUCUUCUUCCUUCUCCCAUUUUCCAACAUUCACAGGACUGCCAGAGCUACUGCCACUUGCACCUCUUCACGUCUUCUCUUUCCUCUUCUUCCUCACCGUUAUCGCUCGAUACUAUCCAAUACUAGUCACUGACGGACACAGCGCUUGUGGUUCUAGCUCUCGUGGAAAUAUUUCCAUUGAUCCAGCAGUGAGAGACUGAGUGAGCAACCGCUCGAUACUGAGGCUCUGGACCAGUUCAUCAGGAGCUUCCCCAUCAGAAGCAGACCUUCUCCCAGCUGCUGUCCGGCACGCAGAGCCUGUCUUCUCCCUGGAGAACUGGCUAGCGACACAGUGGUGUGGACAGCAAAGACAGGAAUCACACAGCCCCUCAGCUGCCUCUAUUUCAUUGCUAGCUACUUGCCAGCUUCCGCCCCUGUGUCACCAUUCCCUGCCUCAGUGCUAAGGAUUCCAGCUACAUGGGCAAGCGAUUGGAGCAGCAACCAAUGUACCCUCAGUACACCUACUACUACCCCCACUAUCUCCAGACCAAGCAGCCCUAUGCUCCACCCCCUCAUCCCAUGGCUCCUCCCAGCCCUAGCACCAACAGCUGCAGCCAGGGAGGGGCGGAGCAGCUGAGUAAGACCAACCUGUACAUCCGAGGCCUGCCACCUGGGACCACCGACCAGGACCUCAUCAAACUCUGCCAACCGUAUGGAAAAAUAGUGUCAACCAAGGCCAUUCUGGAUAAGAACACCAACCAGUGCAAAGGCUAUGGCUUUGUGGAUUUUGACAGCCCAGCUGCAGCACAGAAGGCUGUGUCGUCUCUCAAAGCCACUGGGGUGCAGGCCCAAAUGGCCAAGGCCCUGCAGCAACAGGAGCAGGACCCCACCAACCUGUACAUCUCCAACUUGCCGGUGUCUAUGGAUGAGCAGGAGCUGGAGAACAUGCUGAAGCCCCUGGGCCACGUCAUCUCCACGAGGAUACUGAGGGAUGCCAAUGGGGUCAGCAGAGGAGUUGGCUUUGCCAGGAUGGAGUCCACAGAGAAAUGUGAAGUAGUGAUACAGCAUUUCAAUGGAAAAUACCUGAAAACCCCGCCAGGCAUUCCAGCCCCCACAGAGCCUUUGCUGUGUAAAUUUGCCGACGGAGGGCAGAAGAAACGCCAGAGCCAGAGCAAGUACCCUCAGAACGGAAGGCCGUGGCACAGAGAAGGCGAGACUGGCAUGGCGCUAACAUAUGAUCCCGCUGCAAUGCAGAAUGGGUUCUACUCCUCGCCUUACAGCAUCGCUACCAACCGCAUGAUUGCACAGACCUCCAUCACGCCCUUCAUCGCUGCUUCCCCCGUUUCCACAUAUCAGGUCCAGAGUACGUCAUGGAUGCCUCAUCAACAAUAUGUUAUGCAACCUACAGGUGCAGUGAUCACGCCAGCCAUGGACCACACUAUGUCCAUGCAGCCUGCCAGCAUGAUGGGCCCUCUCGCCCAGCAGAUGAACCAUCUGUCCCUGGGCACUACAGGAAGUUAUAUGACUGCUGCAGCUGCCGCGGCGCCUAUGCAAGGGACCUACAUUCCCCAGUACACUCCUGUGCCUCCAACAGCCGUCCCUGUCGAGGGAGUGGUGACGGACGGCUCCCCCCAGACAGUGGCUCCCUCGUCACAGGAGGUGGCUGGUCAGCAGCAACAGAUCCAGGUGGACGGGGCUGGCGAACAUGUUCCUACAUACUCAUACCAGUCCAAAUAGCAACGGCCUGAGCAAAUGUUCCUGUGACAGCAUUGCCUCGAGACAGAAGGUGGCUGCACUGUGAGUGUGAGGAAAAGAAAAAAAGAAAGAGAUUGCUUCCAGAUUGCCCAGGCACCAAAAAAGAGACACUUUUUUCAUUUCCUACCUGGCCUAUGAGAAAAAAAGAAAAAGAAAAAAGCAGCAAGAAGGAGGCAAGGAGUGCUGAGGAAGGGGAUGAGAAAAUUGCUGGGCACAGUGCAAAGAAGUGAAAUUGUUUAGUCUGGGAACCUGCCUGAAGGGGGGCUGGGCUGAAGCUUGAAAAGUUUCUCAAAGAAAAAUCUCAACCAAUUAAAAAAGAAGAAAAAAAAUAGCAAGAAAAAAUGACAAAAAAAGGUUGACUGUGCAGGUAGGUGAUGAAGUUUAUUUUGUAAUUAGAAAAAGGGAGUCAAGUUUGAGAUACACACAGAUUGUCUUCCUCAGAUAUUAAGCUACAAUUUCUUUUCACUCUUUUUUAUGUUCUAGUGUUAAAUUUUAGUUUUCUAGAUAUAUUCAAAAACAAAGUGUUUUUUCUUUCUUGAAUCUUCAUGGCCUUAAUUUGAAUUGCGUCAGAAACUUUUUACGGAGCUAAAGUCUGACGUCUGGUUGGGGGGGGGGAAGCAAAUUAAAUCAGUCUCUUGGACCACUUGGAGGGUACAAGACACUGGAUGAGUUGUUAAGAGGAAAAAAAUGAAUCUAUCACAUAAGCUGUACAGAUUUAAUAGAGAAGAGCUUUUUUCCUUUUCUUCAUUAGAAGAAAACUUUGAUAAUUAUUAUGUCAGAGGUAACUAAGUGUCAGAAGAAAACAAAAUGUACGUUUGGGGAAAAGACUUGGGGGGGGGAGAAGAAGCUUUGAAGAGAUUUUUCACAAUGAGAAAAAAAUGAAAGCAUAAAAAAACAUGCUGCAUUGUGGAUGCAGUCUGUUGCAAAUGCUGAACUUGUUUUUUAUUAUCAUAAUUAUUAUUUUACAUGGCAAAGUUGCUGUCAAUGACAUUAGUGCUUUUUAUCUGCCACAUUUUACCUUUUUUAUGAGCUUUAAGAUGUUUUUAGCCCGCUUUGCUUGUCACACUGCAAAAAGAAGAAAAAAAAAGGAAGAAGAAAAAAAUUAUAAAAUUAACAAAAA